AUGUCUAAAAUCAGUGCAUUAGCCAUUGCCGCUGCGCUAGUGGCCAGUGCCGCCGCCACAUCUGUGACCACCACUUUAUCCCCUUCUGAUGAAAGAGUCAACUUGAUUGAAUUAGCUGUGUACGUCUCCGAUAUCGGUGCCCAUUUAAAUGAAUACUACUCUUUCCAGGGUUUACAUAAGACUGAAACAUACCCACCUGAAAUUGCCAAGGCUGUCUUUGCCGGUGGCGAUUUCACUACCAUGUUGACUGGUAUUUCAGGUGAUGAAGUUACCAGAAUGAUAACUGGUGUGCCAUGGUACUCUACCAGAUUGGCUGGUGCCAUUUCUGAAGCGCUUGCAAAGGAAGGUAUUGCAACUGCUGUAGCAGCCACUUCAGAAUCUGCUGCUACCUCUACUUCAGAAUCUGCUGCCGCCUCUACUUCAGGAGCUUCUUCUGCUACUGUGGCUUCUAGUUCCUCUGUUAGCUCAACUGAAACUAACUCGAAGGCUACUUCCAGCGAGGCCACUGUUUCAUCUAGUGAAUCUAGUUCUGUUGCAAGCUCUUCUGCUGUUGUUAUUCCUUCAUCUUUUGUCAACUCUACAGCUCCAGUUACCUCGACAGCUUCCAUCUCAGUUACUCCAGUCGUCCAUAAUGGUACUGAUAGUACCGUUACGAAGACUCAAGCUUCUACUGUUGAGACUACCAUAACUAGUUGUUCAGCUGGUGUCUGUUCGACUUUGACAACACCAGUCGCUUCUACUAAGGCUAAAUCUACGGCUACUUCCGUCACUUCAUCAGCAUCUCAUUCUAUUGAUGUCAGCACUAAUGGUGGAAACAAAUUCGGCAACAGUGUUUUCGGUGCUGCCGCUCUUGCUGGUGCCGCUGCGUUAUUGUUAUAA